AUGAGGUUUUUGGAGGAUGAGUGUUCCUUGGCCACAUCCCACAAGGCCAUCCACGACCACAUCACCACAUUAAUGAACCUGAGCAGGAGGAGGGGAGACCAGCUAUUCUCUAAUGCGUCCAUUGAAACUGAUAAGAGGAUGUGUUUGAUCCCAGGUUCCAUGUUGGAUUAUACGGUGCGAGAAAGUGCAGUAUUGAGACAGUGGAGCUCUCAAAGGAAUGCCCAGAAGGCAGUCAACGUCAAGAAGGAGGUGGAGAAGGUGGCUCGUUCUGGGAAUAUCCCUCCACACGAGCUCGCCACCUGUAUGGAUAUGCUGGGAACUAUGGAGCAGAGGGCACUCGAUGAUGUCCAAGAAUGGACCAGGAUUGUCCAUGAUCAGAGAGUCGACGGCGCAACGGAGAAGCAAUAG